GUAUCAGAGAAGAUCCCCUGAAGACUUGAGAAAGAGAGAGAAGACAUUCCUACUGAAUCUGUGUCUUCAAGCAGCCCUCCAUGAGAGAGAAACCUUACAAACAACUGUAGAGAAAGUGUUUUCAAUGUCUGAAGUUUAUGACGAUCGGAAAUGGGAUCUCCUGCUGGAUCUGUACUCACAUGUGAAGGACUAUGAGACUCAAACAGGCAGGAGUGUCCUUCCAGCAUUACAGCCAGUUUACCAGUCAGCUCCUGCAGUCUGGUCCAUAGACCUCUCAGAGAGAAAGGUCUCCCUCCUCCUAGAAGUGCUGAAACUCCAACCAGAGAAGAAACCAGUAGAGCUGAAAGGCUGGUCAGAUGAAGAGAGUGAAGUGAGGAGUUUCCUUCAGUGUCUGCCCUACAUCUCACAGCUGAGUUUCUGUCCAUGGUUGUCUGAUAACUCAAAGCUGAUCAAGUCCCUGGUGGGUCUCCUGUCUCAAGCAGCAGAGUGGGAGGAGCAGUCAGGAGAGAAGACACUGAGGCUGCUAUCAUCAGUGUGUACUUACAGAACUUUCCCUCUCUGUGACUGGGAUGAUGACGAUAAGUGGUUUCAAUGUGAUUUCCUGCUGGAUCUGUAUUCACAUGUGAAGGACUAUGAGACUCAAACAGGCAGGAGUGUCCUUCCAGUAUUACAGCCAGUUUACCAGUCAGCUCCUGCAGUCUGGUCUAUAGACCUCUCAAAGAGAAAGGUCUCCCUUCUCCUAGAAGUGCUGAAACUCCAACCAGAGAAGAAACCAGUAGAGCUGAGAGGCUGGUCAGAUGAAGAGAGUGAAGUGAGGAGUUUCCUUCAGUGUCUGCCCUACAUCUCACAGCUGAGUUUCUGUCCAUGGUUGUCUGAUAACUCAAAGCUGAUCAAGUCCCUAGUGGGUCUCCUGUCUCAAGCAGCAGAGUGGGAGGAGCAGUCAGGAGAGAAGAGACUGAGGCUGCUAUCAUCAGUGUGUACUUACAGAACUUUCCCUUUCUGUGACGGGGAUGAUUAUGAUAAGUGGUUUCAAUGUGAUUUCCUGCUGGAUCUGUACUCACAUGUGAAGGACUAUGAGACUCAAACAGGCAGGAGUGUCCUUCCAGUAUUACAGCCAGUUUACCAGUCAGCUCCUGCAGUCUGGUCUAUAGACCUCUCAAAGAGAAAGGUCUCCCUUCUCCUAGAAGUGCUGAAACUCCAACCAGAGAAGAAACCAGUAGAGCUGAAAGGCUGGUCAGAUGAAGAGAGUGAAGUGAGGAGUUUCCUUCAGUGUCUGCCCUACAUCUCACAGCUGAGCUGUGAUUCUGACAGGUUCUUCCAGCGCGUGUGUGAAUCCAUCCCUGUGAGGUCCAGAGAGGAUGCCCAGCAGUUGGCCUCUCUCCUCCAGGCCUUGGGCUCCACCCUGUCACUGGGAGAUCAGUUACCCAGGAAAACAUGCAGGUCUGUGGUGAGAGUCCUAGGCCUCUGUGCCUCCAGAGUGGACCUCACUCUCACCCCCAGCAAGAUCUCUCUGAAAGGGGCCUCGCUUCUCUUCACAUAUGUGUCACAGCUACACAAGCUCAGGCUGAAUGUGGGCAUGUCAGUGAGACUGGCCAGACUGGCUAGGAGGACAGGGAGAGGUGGGACUCCACUGACUGUCCCAGAACUCUCCCUGGUCCUAAAGAGCAGCCAGCCACCAGACAGAGUGUUAUCCAGGGCUCUGAGUAGUGUGGCGUCCCUGCUGAGAUUCUGGACGGUGCAGUGUUUGGACCUGACUGACUUCUGCAUCCAGGGUCACUCUCUCAUCACACUGCUGUGUCACCAGGGCCCUUUCACUCUCAGACUGCACUCAGACACUCUGCAGCAGCUGGCUGUAGUUGUGUAUGAAGCUCAGGACAAGGACUUGACUCAGUGGUUCCUGGUGAAGGUUGGUGGAGACCUGACCUCCUGCAGGCUGGACUGCGAAGUCCUUCUCUCUCUGCUGCAGCAUUCAACCCACAACAUCACAGUGGACCUCAGGAAGAACAGGCUUCUAGAGAAGAACAUCUCGGAUCUUCUCCCCUUUCUGGGAAGGGUUAUAUUCAAGAGGCUCAGUUCCAGCUUUGUGAAGUCCAUCAUCAGACAGAUCUAUAACAGUAGAGACAGUGACUGUGUGUCCAGUUUGUUGAGGUCUUCAGACCAUUGGAUCAACCUGAACAGCAGAGAGCUGGACAGAGUGGACUGUACUGCUCUGUGUUUCACCCUGCAGCACAGCCACCAAGUCAAAGUCAACCUGCUGUGGACCUCCAUACCACCGGGGGAGAUAGAGAGCAUCCUGCCUCUUCUGGACAGAGUCUCCCAACUCAGUGUUGACAGGAAGCUGUUGCUGAGUUUCCUCCACUCCUGCGCUGCCUCUCAAAUCCUGCAGGGGGCACUAUCACCAACAACAACAACAACAGCAGCGGAGCUGCUCAGGGCUCUGCAGUACAGGUUGGACUUUUCCUGCUCCUCCUCUGUGGACCUGUCAGCUCACUACCAGGGGGAGGCGCUGUGUCUGACCACUGACCACUGUAGGGCCAUAAACUCUGUUCUGAAGCAGAGCCAGCACAGCACACGGCUGGUUCAGAACCCAACCCAGAACCAGUCCCGAAACCAGCCCCACGUGCAGCUCAUCCUUAAAGACUGUGAGGUGGAGCACGGAGCACUGAGAGAGCUGCUUCCCAUCCUGCAUAUUGUCAAGCUGAGUCUCAGCAAAGCUCUGCUACUUCAGCUGCUGGACCAUGUGUGUGAGGGGAUUGAAGAGGGGGUUCUGAGGCACGCAGAGUUCCUGUGCAGAGCCCUGGAUGGGGAGCUGGACCUCAGUGAGACCAGGCUGAACCAAAAGGCCUGUGGAUCUCUGGCCCUGGUUCUGGAACACUCAGAGGGGCUGUCAGAACUGGACCUCAACCACUGCCAACUCACAGACCGCCAUCUACAGCCCCUGCUCACACACCUGCACAAAGUUGAAGUCCUGGACCUGAGUCACAAUGACAUCACUGAUGCUCUGACCGACAGAAUACUCCAACUGGUCUCCACCAACACUUCAAUACGCACCGUACGGCUCUUCAACAACAGAAUCAAGGACAGAAGUCCGUUCCUGACAGACAAGAGGUUUGAGAUCUGGUGAAGCAGCAUCAGGUCCAAGUCCAGACAGGAAGAGAAGAUGGAUGUUGCAGAGGCAGAGGAAGAGAAGAUGGAUGUUGCAGAGGAAGAGAAGAUGGAUGUUGAAGAGGCAGAGGAAGAGAAGAUGGAUGUUGAAGAUGGGUGUAGUAGCUACGAAGCCUCGGCAGGGUGAGACUAGAGGGACUCUUCUGACCAGCAUCUCAUCAACCCUAACCUUGACCCUAACCGUAACCUCAUUUUAACCAAUUCUUAAAUUAAAUAUUGGUUUGCAUGUCAGCCACAUCCCCUUAGGUUUUAGCUGACCUCAUCAUGAUGUCAGAAGAAUGACCAGUGAUGUCAUCAGGGAUUUUGGGACUAAGGUAUUGAAAAAAUAGUUGAGACUCCAGAACUCUGGAAUGUUCUGAGUGUAAUGGAUAGGAAUGUGUAGUUUUAUUUACCUCUUACAUGGUUCUUAAACACAGGAACAUGUGUAGUAUAACGGUUUUUGAGCUUUACUUAACUAGAUGAUUUUUGUGAUCUGACAAUUUGUGAAAUUCCUUCAGAAGGAAUAGAUUGUAUAUGUGUUUUUAUAGUCUAGUAUUUAUCAGGUUGAUGUGAAUGUGUUCUACAAUUGCAGUGGGAGACUAAUACAUGAGUGUUUUGUUGCAGGUCAACUGCAGGGUAUUGUGUUACUCAGGCUAGCCUUGUUGAGAACCAAGCUUCCCUAUUCAGGAAGCAAGAGGUGUGUUGAGUUCGCUUGAACGUUUGCUAUGUUGUGCAACGUUUUGUACUGAAUGACACGUUUCCCCAAAAUGUUCUUGAACAGACUUCGAGGUACGUUUGGUGGGUGUGGCGAGGUGUGGCUUGAAGCAAUGAGUGACAUAUUUUUAUUUUUAAAGGGCAGUGGCCAUGCUGACAGCGUUCUCCAACCCACAACCCAACCCCUCCCCAUUUUUCAACUGGUUGUUCAGUACAGCACCGUUUACCUUCAAUUGAACCGUUUCAGAACGUAAAAACAUACUGAACGCAGCCCUGGUGUAGUUCAUGACAGAAAGUAGCUACAAGUGGGUGGAAACCAUUGAUGCCUCGCAACACGUCACACCAAUCAAUUGCCUUGCUUUGGCGGAGCCCUAAAGUUGCCCACUAGUGCCGUAGGAGGAACAGUGUGAGGAUGCCCAGGAAAUCGCUGAUGUAUAACAUAGCCUGUAUGUACACACACCAUAACAAAAUGUAUUUAGUAGAGCAGUUGUAAUGCCUUCAUCGACUUGAGAAGAACAUUACACGCAGCUUCCCUUUUAGGGGCAUGUGGGGGAGGUUUCUUGAAAUAUAACAUCCAAUCAAAAUGUAGCCACUGGAACCCAGCAGACCAUUCUAACUGUUUUGGCUAAUACAAAAUUCUCCAGACCUCCAAAGGAGGCAUGACAACAAUGUGAUUUUGGAGGUAUGGCUACAUGAGACUAGUACAAGCCUUUCUCAUAUCAAAACAGACAAACUAUAAGAAAUAAUAUAUGAAUAUUUUGUGUUUUUAAUAAAUGUACCUUGAGGCCCAUGA